AUGUCCAAAAGAGAUUUAAAUGAUCGAAACGAAAGGAAGCUGGAUUCUAGUGAUUAUGAAAACAUCCUUUCGCAGCAUAAUAUAUUUGAAGCGUCGAGACCAAAACACCAAGAACUGCCCAGUUUUCCCGGUUAUUCAAAUGCGGAAACACAAACCAAAUCUAGUGAUAUAAAGGGUCAAUCAGCACAAUCAAGCCUAGGUGCCUGGCCUUAUAAUCCAUGGUGGAUGCUGGCAAGCACUUCAAAAACCGCUCCAUCUCAGGAUGACUUUUCUGAAGGUAGUGAUCAAACUAAAGUUAAGAAAGAACCUAGCGGUGCUGGUACACCAGAUCGAGAUCCACUACAAUCAGAUUUUGAACAAUUUCAGUCAGCAACACCUCCAGCUGGUCUUGAUUCUUUUUGUGAUGACUGUUCAGAUCCUUUUUGUGAUUCAAGUACGGCAGUUUGUCGUAAGCUGUUUCACUGCCCACAUUGCAGAAAAAGUUAUCCUACCAUUCUAGAAUUCAAUACACACUUAACAGGUGUACACCCAGCUCAAAAACCAUUCCGGUGUCAAAUUUGUUUAGAGCCAUUUCACAAAAAGUCGCAUCUACGCAGACAUUUAGAUUCAAGCCAUUCUCGAAAAGAUGUGAACAAGUGUUCUGUCUGCUCUAAAUAUAUUAAAGAUAAAAGCAACUUACGAAAACAUAUGCAGGUUCAUACAGGGAGAGUGCCACAAAAGCAAUUUAAAUGUGACCUGUGUAAUAAUAAGCGAUAUAUGUCACUAGACAGAUUAAACAAUCACAAGGUAGUCUGUACAGGUGAAAAAGUAUUGAAAUAUUGCGAUAUGUGUACUAAAGUAUUUGAUAAUUCAAGAUCAUUGAAUAGCCACAAAAAAGUACAUGCAAGGGAACUGAAAUGUGAAAACUGUGGUGAACAACUCAGAUCACUGGAGCAGUUUAAUAAUCACCAGUUGGUUUGUCUUACAAACACAUCAGAGGUAAGUGUUACAGCAUCAACAAGUAGUGGAGCAACUGUGAAUCCUUGCUGUACCCAGCCUGGGCUAUGUGAACAUGAUAAACCUGCCUAUUUGAAUAUACCAAGCUAUGCAGCUAAUAGAGUGUUAAAUGCAACACUAUCUUCUCUUAAAUCAGACAUGAACUGA